AUGGAAAAAGGUAUCACCGGUCCAAUAGCAAGCUCCCUAUCAGAAAAAUUUGGACACCGAGCUGUUGGAAUCACUGGUUCUAUUGUUGCUGCGACGGGAUUUGGCGUGAGUUCCCUAGCGCCAAACUUGUCCUUGCUGUAUCUAACAUACGGGGUUUUGACUGGCCUCGGUUUUGGAAUGAUGUUUUUUCAAAGUAUUGUCUCCGUCCAGGAUCAUUUUGAGAAGAGGAAAAGUCUAGCCAUGGGGGUUGCAGUGUGCGGAUCAGGACUCGUGGUGCUCCAUAUUUACAUACCAGAUAUAGCUCGUGACGUGGGGAUAGGGGUGAACAAAGCGGCGUUCCUGCUGUCAAUUGUAGGUGUUGCUAACACAGUGGCUCGAAUCGUGAUGGGUGCGUUUGCAGACUUCCGGUGUGCUAACAGACGCUAUAUGCUUGGGGCAAGUAUAAUGGUGAGAGGCGUCAUUGUUUCCAUGCUGCCGUCUUUGACGGGAUACAAUGUGAUUGCGACGGUGUGCGGUUUUUAUGGUUUGACCGUGGGUACCACUAUCUCUCUGGUCCCGGUUGUUCUGAGAGAUUUAGUCGGUAUUGAGAAACUCGGACCUUCAUUUGGACUCACCAUGGUAGCCGUAGGUUUGGGUUCCCUACUGUUAUCGACUGGAGGCAGUCUGUACGAUUUAACCGGUUCUUACGACUUGACACUUUACAUUACCGGCUCUCUAUUGUUCAUUGCCGGUGGAACAAUUAUGUCGUUACCAUGGGUACGCAAGAUGCAAAAUCGAUGCUGUUACCAUGGCAGUGCAAGUAUCACCGCAGAAACGGAGCCGUAA